UUCCAGGAGGGUGUGUCCGCCCGCGUGCGUGAAUGCGAUUGUUUCUGCCAUAUUCACUUUUAAUUCUCUAAUCUACUGGGAAAUUGUCCACCCCAGGACUCUCACCUUUGCAAAUCUGGUGCAGACGACUGAGAUGAGGAUUUUUGUUGUCUUCGAAGGCUCUUGUGAGUCCCUUGAUGCUUCCCAAGACCAAGAAGUCGGGACACUAAAGCUCACGAUCAAGGACCACUUUCAUAUUGAGAUAUUGGAUGACAAGCAGGUGCAGCGCUUUCUGGAGCUGAAGUAUGCUGGGGCCACCCUGCAGGACAACUGGGCCCUUGGUGACAUUGGCAUCACCCCUGGCAGUACCAUCCGUUGUGUAUUAAAGGAGGAGAUGCAGCCCAUUCUGCGCGUGUACUGUGCUGUGAGAAAGGAGACGCUGCCUGUGAUGGGGGAGGUCUUCCUCUUGAACAGCUCCGUCUCCCAGUUGAAGUCGAUGGUAUCCCUGCAAAGCGGCUUCCCAGUCAGUGCGUUUAGACUGACCACCCCGAGUGGCCUGGAGCUCUACAACUGCAACCAACUGAAUGACUAUGCAAUUCACGUAGGAGACACCCUUCGCCUUGACGUCUGGGACGGCUGGACGGAGUUCCUCAAAGGCUGUCUGCUCGGUCACAAACAAACUGUCCAGCGCUACUUGGCUGAGGAGGAGCUGGUGCUCAGAUUCCAGCAGCGGGUGGCUCUGUAUGUGUCCGCUUUCUUCGGCCACCUGGAUCUGGCCAGCUGGCUGCUUGGAAAGGGUGUGCGGGCAGAUGAACCCGUGGGAGCGCACCCCUACCGAGAGUGGUGCUGGGAAACCGAGCACCCGGAGCUCGCUAAGUGCCCCAUUCAUGCUGCUGCAGAAGCAGGCCAGCUCCUAAUCCUUAAGAUCUUCAUCAGCAGUAAUGUCUUCAGUCUGGACUGUCGGGAUCCCCGUGGCUGCAGCCCACUGCAGCUCACCUUGCAGCACCGGCACAGGGAAUGUGUCCGCUACCUUGUCACCAAGCUCUGGUCCAUGGUCUGUUUCCCAGGCUUGGCGUUCCCUACAUGGGUGUAUAUCCAGAUUAAGCGCUGGAUGAACAAAGCCCAGAGGAAGGCCUCCAGCACUCAAAACAAUGUCCUCCGAGUGCCAUUCAGAACCCAAGUUGGAGAUACCGUCCACGUCGAUGGAUUCAGUGCGCCGAUCAUGACCUCCAAGCUCAGGAGCAAAGUGACAAAGGAGGAGAUCACAGUGACAAGCCACACGAUUCAAGAUUUGGCAACAGCCAAACAUACAGGUUACGGCUCUCUUGCUCUCAAUAAGACGGCUUCCCAAGAUGCACGGGUGCACCUGCCUCCGCUGUAUCCUGUGGUAAAGAAUGGUGGCAAGGGUGAGCAGAGAAGCACGAAAAAGCAGACAGCCCCAUCAAGCAGGAGUCACGAUCAGAACAAGAAUGCAUGGCAGGGAAGGAUCCUGCUUCCGCCCAUCUCCCAGAAUGUAAACCCCCGGCCGCGGUUCAUUUACAACUCUCCCAGCACCUCCCUCAUCCUCAGCUCCUCUAUAGAGUCCUUCUCGAAUUGUACAGGUCGCACCCCCAGAGAAAAUGCCAUCUACUGUUUAUCUCUAGCCAGCGCUUUCACGGAGAAGCCCUGGUUACAGCAGCUGGGAAUGGCCCGCACACUGGUCAGGAGGACUGUGAAGAAUGCAGCAUAGAGAUGCAGGGCCGCUGGGUUCCUGACCCUCUGCAGUGUUAUAUUCCACAGUGUUACGCUCUGCUGUACCUGGAUUCAUCA